AUUCCAUAGCCUUCCUGGCGGUAUUCCUGAGUGUAGCUCGGGGUAAAGUUUCAGUACCACAAGUGGUAACCCCGAGCUACACUCGGGCUUACCAUGCGGCGCUGCUCCACGAUCCCUCGAUUACUUACCUUGUCCUGUGCUCCCGCAAUGUCCCCCCUGCAGUGUCCCCAGCAAUGUAAUCCGGCGGAUGCCGGCAUCUGUCAUCUGGGUUCCGUCCCCUGCGAGCGUCGGGACGUACGGGGGAUGGAAUGGUGGGAAAUUUGAAAAUGACAAAAAGUGACAUUCACUAAAUACACUAAAAUCUCAUAGUAUUACAUUACUGUAUCAAACCAUUUCACAUACAU